AUGUUUACUGACAACGUCAAGCACGUUUUGUGGCUCGACAACAGUGACACUGGCGACAAGUUCGUUUUCUCUGAGGCUUACGGAGACGAUAGGAACUCACCGUACACCAUUAUAGACCGUGUGCGUAUUGACGAGAUCAUUACUGAUGCUUCCGGAUUAAGAUCUUACAAGCUCCCUCAAGAGGAAGCGAAUAGAAUCGAAUGACUGUUGAGAGGUGGCGAUAACAGUGACAUUGACUGUGACGCCGAACUCGUCGAACCUGAAAAAUUGUCCGAUGAGGAUGCGUCUUAUGAACCUCCUAAACGUAUGUUUGUCAGCACCAGGUCGGGGUGUUCAGCAACACACUUACAGCUGUUUUGA